UCUCUGUUUCUCCUUGCAUAUGGAAUGCUCCAUUAGGUGACUGUUAGCUACAAAUUUCAAGUCAAAUCCACAAGCCUUAAGUAUUAUCGUCAAGUUUUAGCAUUGUGACGUAUUCGAUUCAAUAAAUAGUUAUAGUAUUGACACCGUUUAACAAAUAGUUAGUGUUUAGAAGUGGCAGCACAAGCGCGACUACCGGUACUUCGGAAUAGACAUAAACAAAGCGAGCUGCGCGUUGACUUUGUCAUAAGCUUUAUUCUAUUUCGCCAUGGAGGACAGCGAUGGAAGUGCAAAUGGCCGAUCGAAGAUGCUGCCGCAAACACUUACUCUGGAUCAUGUCUCGCCAGCGACGCGCCUUUUGGAGAAGCGACGGCAAAUGUUCGAGGUGCAGGAGGCCUUGGAAGCCCAAAAGCAGGACUUUAACCGGAAGGAGGAGGUCUUCAAACGUCGCGAGGAGGCCCUAAAGCUUAAAGACUUGGAGCUUCAAGAGUCGCUCAUCCGCUUCAGCAAGUUCCUCCAGGAGAACGACUCUAAGCGUGCGCGUGCAGAGAAGAAGGCAGCCGACGAAAUUAAAGCUAGAUUGCAAAAGGAGAAGGAAAUCGAGCAGCUGACGGAGGUAUUAGAGGAGCUUAAGUCGGAGAAGGAGCGCAUUCUGGAGGUCCUGGAGAAGAACAUGCGCUACCAGCACUACCUGGAGUCGGUGCUGGAGGUGGCGGACGAGUACCAGGAGGUGUCGGACCUGCUGCUGCGCCACGCCACGCUGUCCGCCACCAACGCCGACCUGAAGGACCACCAGCGCCGCUGCAGCGAGCUGGCGGAGAAGGUGCGCACGGAGCUGCAGAUCUACGUGAAGCAGAAGACCGACGAGAUCCUCAACCUUAACAACCAGGUGGCCAAGCUGAAGACGGAGCUGGAGGGGUACGAGGCGGAGGCGAUGGUGCAGGAGGCCAAGAAGGACUCCAGCUUGCAGAUCGCCAGCCAGCGCACGCUGGAGUACGGGCAGGUGGUGCUGUCCGCCGACAACAUCUUCAACCGCUGCCGCUCCAAGAGCUCCAUCGGCCACCCCGCAGAGUCCAACCCGCUGCACCAGCUGGA